CUGUUUGCUUGUACUUAGGACCCCGACUCUGACAGCACAUCAGAAAUAAAAGAUAAAAAAUAAAAUCUCACCCAGAACAUUUGACGAUACAACGGAAGAGCUCAACAAAGUACUGCUUCCCAACUGUCGCUUUCCUAAACUCUUCCCUGGACAGAGGACAAGAUUUGCUGGAGAGCUCCAGAAGAUCUAGGUCGCCAUGAAGGCAUCACAAGUUAUUGCAGUGUCCCUGCUAUUGCUGCUACUGAGCACAGGGAUUGAAAGUUACCGGAUACAAAAGAGGGAAUCGCCAACAUACCUUUCUCAGAUACAAGAGGCAGUUUCCAGUUCCUGGGAACAAGUGGCUAAUAAAGCACAGGAUUGGUUUGAGGCAGUAAGAAAUCACCAAGUGGAGGAAAAAGCAAAGGAGAUUUAUGAGAAAGGAACUAAUGCCGUGAAACCAUAUUACAAUAUCUUUUCUGAUCAGCUGUACCACUGGUGGUACGCACAGUGACGCACAGUGACCGUUGCCCCGUGAAGUCCACAAUGAAUGAGUGUUGGGCACAAGGAUCAUUGUCUUCAUGUUACACAUUCUGUCUGGAUGUCAGUAUCAGUCUUGCUAGAAGCACAGCAAUACCAUAUGCUGCUUAAAGCUUGGUUUCCUAUUCUCAGUGUUCCUCAUAUCAUUGGAUCAUUCAGUCUCAGCCAAAAUAAAUCUUUGCAUCAAAAAGGG